GGCCAGAUUUCCCGGGGGGGAGAGGGGCGCUGAGAUGAGAAAAGUUCUCCGGGUGGUGCUUCCGGUCCGUUCCCGCCGCCUUCCGGCGCCGCCUCGGUUCCCGCCCGGAGAGUGUGGGGAGCGAGCGGGGCGCGGAAACCACCGACUUGGGGUCUGAAAGCCCCGUUAUGGCGGGAGGGCGUGUUGGCAUGAACCGGGCUGCCCCAGGGUGCAUCCCUUUGGCUCCGGCGGUGUCCCCGUGUGGGGUGACGUCCCCGCUAGGUACCGCAGGCCGCCACGCUUUCGUUCCGAGUCCUCGGGCGGUCAGGAGAACCAUACAGACUUUUGACUGGUGUUGAGUACAUUGUUGGAAGGAAAAACUGUGCUAUUCUAAUUGAAGAUGAUCAGUCAAUCAGUCGCAGUCAUGCUGUGUUAACAGCUAACUUCUCUGUAACCAACUUGAGUCAAACAGAUGAAAUUCCUGUAUUAACAAUAAAAGAUAAUUCUAAGUAUGGUACAUUUGUUAAUGAGGAAAAAAUGCAGAAUGGUCUUUCCCAAAUGUUGAAGACAGGAGAUAGAGUUACUUUUGGAGUGUUUGAAAGUAAAUUCAGAGUAGAAUAUGAGCCUUUGGUUGUAUGUUCUUCUUGCUUAGAUAUCAUUGGGAAGACUGCUUUAAAUCAAGCUGUAUUGAAACUUGGAGGACUUACUAUAAACAACUGGACAGAAGAAUGUACUCACCUUGUCAUGGUAUCAGUUAAAGUUACCAUUAAAACAAUAUGUGCACUUAUUUGUGGAUGUCCAAUUGUGAAGCCAGAAUAUUUUACUGAAUUUAUCAAAGCAAUUCAGUCCAAGAAACAGCCUCCACAAAUUGAAAGUUUUUAUCCACCUAUUGAUGAACCAUCUAUUGGAUGUAAGAAUAUUGAUCUGUCCAGACGAGAGGAAAGAAAACAUAUCUUCCGAGGGAAAACAUUUGUAUUUUUAAAUGCUAAACAGCAUAAGAAGUUAAGUUCAGCAAUUGCUUUUGGUGGUGGAGAAGCAAGGUUGAUAACAGAAGAAAAUGAAGAAGAAGAUAGUUUCUUUUCAGCUUCUGGAACUUGUGUUGUGGAUACUGGAGUAUCAAAUACACAGAUCUUAAUUCCUGACUCUCAGAAAAAAUGGAUUCAUUCAAUUAUGGAUUUGCUCCAAAGGCAGGGUUUAAGACCCAUUCCUGAAGCAGAAAUUGGAUUGGCAGUUAUUUUCAUGACUACUAAGAGUUACUGUGAUCCACGGGGCCAACCCAGUACAGAAUUAAAGACGACGCCUGGGCCAAGCCUUUCUCAAGGCUUGCCAGCCAGUGAAAAUGUAAUUUCAAGUGCUUCUGUGAAUGGUACAAUGAUCAUGAAUGGCUCAGAAUCAGAGCAAGUAGAUGCCUGUAUAUAUUGGAGUGAAAUAUCAAGAGAAAUAAAAACUUCUAGAAUGGGGCAGAAAUUCAGAGUGCUUUCACAAGAAACAUCUACUGCAAAGGAGCCCUCCCUAAAUAAUUAUAAUACAGUAUCAAAUACCUUAGUUAAAAAAUUUCCAAACUGUCAGCUUUCACCAACUAAAGUACCACCAGUAAAUAAAAGUAGAAAUCGGGCUUCUCAACAGCAGCUGAACUCAAUCAAAAACUACUUUCAACCGUCUCCUAAAAAAAGGGAAAGGGAUGAAGAAAAUCAAGGACUGUCUUCAUCCAAAUUGGCAAGAAUAGAAAUGUCUUGUUCUCUUAUAGAACAGACACAACCUGCUACACCCUUACUGUGGAAAAAUAAGGAGCAACAUUCAUCUAAGGAUGAGCCCUUGGACAAAGAAUCAGAUAACUUAUUUUCAGAUGAUGUAGAUUUAAAAUCUGAUAUGAAAACUUCUGCUAAUAAAUAUCUUUCUUCAGAAAAAAGAAAAAUUGAUAUUUUGGCCAUAGAAGAUGAAAUAUUAGAAAAUUUACUCAAGGACACAAAGUCAGAGUUACAAAUUAAUGUGAAAGUUGAAAAGGAAGAUGAUGAUGCAAAUAUUAGAAAAAAGCCAAGGAUGGAUAUAGAAACAAACAACUGUAGUGAUAAAACAAAGCCGGAAAGGAACAACAUAUCUGUCAAUGAUGAACUUCUGGCCAAUAGUGAAAUGCUUCCAAGAAAGGUAUUACUGACUGAAUUUAGAUCACUAGUGGUUAGUAACACCACUUCCAGAAAUCUUUGUGAGGUAAAUAAUAAUUAUGGUCAACUCAAGAAUUUCAAGAAGUUUAAAAAGGUCACAUAUCCUGGAGCAGGAAAACUUCCACGCAUCAUUGGAGGAUCAGAUCUCAUAGCUCAUCAAGCUGGAAGGAAUGCAGAAUUAGAAGAUUGGCUGAGGCAGGAAAUGGAGGUACAAGAACAACAUGCAAAGGAAGAGUCUCUUGCUGAUGACCUCUUUAGAUAUAAUCCUAAUGUCAAAAGGAGAAGAUAACUGGGAACUUCAAAUGGAAAUUAUGAAAACAUGUUUCCAGAAGUUACUUCAAACUAACAGAUAAAUGAAUAGACUGUAUAAAAAGGUUUAAGUUGCAAAUACUUUGUCUUAAGUUUGUUACAUAAAAUGCAUACAACUCUAUUUCUUUUGUGUGUGGUAAUGAGUAUGUUUGUUUUGCUUUCAGGUAUUGUUACCUCACCCCAGGAUAAUUUUUCUGUUUUAAAAUAGAUUUCCUUAUGUUAAAAAAUAAUAGUCACAGUCCAAAAUCCUUCAAGUACUUAAGAGUAGGGUAAAGAUUAAAGUCUCUCUUUAGCCACUCUCCUUACUUUUUGGUUCUCCAAGGGAGAAAACCCAUAAUACUUCUGUGUACAUUUAAAUUUCUAUGAAUAUCAUUUUCAAUAAUCCCUUACAUAUAUCAAAACAUAUAUAGCAUCUUGAAUCUCUUUAAUAGAUUGGCACAUUAUAGGCACAUCAACAUAAUUUUUAUUUAAAUUAUUUAUUUCCUUUAUUAUAUAUAUAUAUAUUAUAUCCUUUCCUACUAUAUCACCUAAGUGAAAUAGCAUCAGUGGUUACCAUGUCAACCAUGUAUUCUUAUACUAUAAACAAAACACUAUGAAAGUGUUCCAUCAAGCUUGUGGGUAGACUUUACCAAGAGAGAUUAUACCUCUUCUUUGGUGGUCUUACUGAGCUAUUGUGCUUCUGCUUUGACCUUAAAAGUCAUAGUUUUCUCACCUGUAAAAUGGAAAUAAUGAGAGUGUCUCUUUCCAGUCUUGAACGGAGAUGGUAGAAGAUGAAUUUCAACUCUGUGAUGUGUUAGAAUCAUAGGGAAACCUUAUCUUUAAACACAAAUGUAUUGCAUUGUAAAAUGUGUAACUUUCAUACAAACGAAAAGCUUCCUUGUCAUGUAAAUUCUACCCCCUACCCCAGUAAUCUUAUUUAGGUUGUUAAUGGAGAACAUGGUAAAAGUAUAGCAUAAAUUAAUACAUUGUUACUAGAUCUUCAUGGAACAUUGUGUGUUUCCCCUAACCCUCAUAUGUAGUCAAAGUUAGUCACCAUUCCUGAGUGUCCUUUUACUUGCCCUCAGAACAUAUUUU